CGUGGACGCGGCCGGCCCGGCCCCUGCGGGGGGAGGAGGAGGAGGAGGGAGGAGUGGGACAACCUGCCUUCCUGAGCCAACAGUAGUUUCCUCCGGGAUUUACUGGCUUUGGGAAGCCCCUCGGAAGACGGCUGACGCUGGCUCGGCCGGCUGGUCACUUGUGGGCCUCCUCUCGUUGCCCCCGCUGCUGUGCUCAUCCCGCGGCGGAGCCAUGGCCAGCACUAGCAGUCCUGAGGCCGUGAAGAAACUGCUGGAAAAUAUGCAGGGCGACCUACGGGCCUUGAGCCUGGAGUGCCGCAAAAAAUUCCCUCCCGUCAAAGAGGCUGCUGAGUCGGGAAUAAUAAAAGUAAAAACAAUAGCAACACGAAACACUGACAUCCUAGCAGCUUUGAAAGAGAAUAGCUCAGAAGUGGUUCAGCCUUUUCUAAUGGGUUGUGGAACAAAAGAACCAAAAAUCACUCAGCUGUGUCUAGCUGCUAUCCAGAGGCUCAUGUCUCAUGAAGUUGUUUCAGAGGUUGCUGCUGGAAAUGUUAUAAAUAUGCUUUGGCAACUUAUGGAAAAUAGCCUUGAGGAACUUAAGCUGCUUCAAACUGUUCUUGUAUUAUUAACAACCAAUACAGUUGUCCACGAUGAAGCACUUUCUAAGGCAAUUGUUCUUUGUUUUCGAUUGCACUUCACAAAAGAUAACAUCACCAAUAAUACUGCGGCAGCCACAGUCCGGCAGGUAGUUACUGUUGUUUUUGAAAGAGUGGUUGCUGAGGAUGAACGCUAUAAAGGUAUUAUUGAAGAACCAGUAGGAAUUCAAGGAAAUAGUAACAGAAGAUCUGUAAGCACCUUAAAACCAUGUGCUAAAGAUGCAUAUAUGCUUUUUCAGGAUCUUUGUCAACUGGUUAAUGCUGAUGCCCCUUACUGGCUUGUAGGUAUGACAGAAAUGACUCGAACAUUUGGUUUGGAGCUACUUGAAUCAGUCCUCAAUGAUUUCCCACAAGUAUUCUUACAGCAUCAAGAAUUUAGUUUUCUCCUUAAAGAAAGGGUUUGCCCGCUCGUGAUUAAACUCUUCUCACCAAAUAUCAAAUUCAGACAAGGCUCUAGUACUUCAUCUUCACCUGCACCAGUGGAAAAGCCUUAUUUUCCUAUUUGCAUGCGCCUUUUGAGAGUUGUUUCUGUAUUAAUCAAACAGUUCUAUACUUUGUUGGUAACUGAAUGUGAGAUCUUUCUAUCAUUACUCGUAAAGUUUCUGGAUGCAGAUAAACCUCAGUGGUUAAGAGCUGUUGCAGUAGAAUCCAUACACAGACUUUGUGUGCAACCACAACUCCUAAGGUCCUUUUGCCAAUCUUAUGAUAUGAAGCAGCAUUCUACCAAAGUAUUCCGUGACAUUGUGAAUGCUCUGGGAUCAUUUAUUCAAUCACUGUUUCUUGUACCAAACACAGGGAGUGCCUCAGCUACAAUAAACCAAACAGGAAGCAAUGUUCCUGGUGGUACAACUUCAGCACAGUCCAAUCCCGGAAUGUUAGGGAUUGGUGGAGGUGUGACUGUAUUACCUGCUUUUGAAUAUAGAGGUACUUGGAUACCUAUCCUCAAUAUAUCAGCACAGGGUAGUGCUAAAGCUACCUAUCUGGAAAUGUUGGAUAAAGUUGAGCCACCUACAAUUCCUGAAGGCUAUGCCAUGUCAGUAGCAUUUCAUUGUUUGCUGGAUCUGGUCCGUGGCAUAACUAAUAUGAUUGAAGAAGAAUUAGGACAUAUUGAAAUAGACAAUCAAGUACCAACAAUUGAUGCGCAGUCUUCACCGGCACAGUCUUUGGACCACCAGGAUUUUCAUUCAGCAUCUGGCCAAACUGACAAAGAUACAGAUCACAGAGUUGUUUGGGAAGAAAUGGUGAAUGCGUGCUGGUGUGGUCUUCUUGCUGCACUGUCUUUACUUCUGGAUGCUAGCACCGACGAAGCUGCCACAGAAAAUAUUCUAAAAGCAGAGCUGACAAUGGCUGCAUUAUGUGGAAAAUUAAGUCUUGUAACAUCAAGAGAUGCCUUUAUUACUGCUAUUUGCAAAGGUUCUUUGCCUCCUCACUAUGCCCUGACAGUACUGAAUACUACUACUGCCGCCCUUUCCAGUAAAUCAUAUUCCAUCCAGGGUCAAAAUGUUCAAAUGAUCAGUCCAUCAAGUGAAUCUCAUCAGCAAGUUGUAGCAGUGGGACAACCACUGGCUCUUCAACCACAGGGAACAGUAAUGGUAAAACAUAAUUUCUAAAUAUCCCUUUUCUGUUUCAUUUCCUAUAU